AUGUCCAAGAAGGACUUCCAUCCUUCAGCAUGGUGGAAUCUUAAAAGAGUAAGUUUUUUAGUUGAUUUUUGGCAAUUUAGAAGUUUGACAAAACAUUGGUCAUAGUUAAUAUCAAAAUGACUGCUUUUUCCUUAAUUUCGUCUUGCUAAACUUUAAAAUUAUAUUUGAUUAAUUUAUUUUAACUAUAAAUUACUGUUUUAGAAAUGGGAAGCCGAGCAAAAGCACGACAUGGAGCAGAAGCGUCAGGAAGAGCUGAAGAUUCAAUACGAACGUGAACAAGAAAUGCUGAACAACAAGGCUUUGUUGGGUGACGAGAAAGCUCGCCUUGGUCUCAGUUUUAUGUACGAUGCUCCAGCUGGCAUGGUCAAGAAGGAAGAAGAAAAAAAGGAGCCCAAAUUCGAAUGGCAACGGAAAUAUAAUGCUCCGAGAGAGGAAUGGGCAAAGGACAACGAUCUGAUUCAGGACCAGCCUUUUGGUAUUCAGGUCAGGAACGUGAGAUGUGUUAGAUGUAAAACUUGGGGACAUUUGAAUACUGAUAGGGAGUGUCCUUUGUAUGGAUACAGUGGUAAUGCAGAGGAUAAAGGAUGUAAGUUUUAAUCUAAAUUGCUUGUUUUUAGGGUAAAAGUAGAAAAAGUUUAAUUUUUAAUGAAUAAAAUAAUAAUUUUACGUUAACCAAGGUUUUGUUACCUAAAUUACUCUUUUCAGACUCAAACAACCCAUCAGAACUUAUAAAAUCACUUCGUGAAGACAAGGACAAACCAGAAAAGAAGGAGGACAACGAUGAAUGGGAAGAAGCCAAGCCAUCGACUUCAAAACAUUAUCAUGAAGAUGCCAAGGAUGUAAAGCCUCGUCUAUCGGAUUCAGGUUCAGAUUCAGAAGACGAAAAGCGAGAGCCGGUAACACAAAAGGAGUUGUUGGAGAAUAUGAGAGAAGAACACAAUUUAAAGUUUAAAACUAAUGUGUUGAAUCGACUGACAACAGAACAAAGCAUCAUGAAUAUGGGUGAAAAGAAGGAGCCCAACAAUAUCGAUGAGUUCUUGUCUGGAUUAAGCGAAAAGAAGAAGAAGAAGUUGAUGAAGAAGAUAUUGGGAGGCAAGGUGAAGAAGGAGAAGAAAGAAAAGAAGGAUAAAAAGAAGAAAAAACAUCACAAGCACAAGAAGAGCAGAAGACACGACUCGGAUUCAGAUUAA